CGUGAUCAUCUCGUAGAGUACACAACUCAGCAAAAAAAAUUUAUUGUAAAAAAAUUGCCUGUAAUAGUACUAGAUUUAUUUUAGAUUUGUUAUUUUAAAUUUCCAUUGUAUUGGAUACUAAAUUUUAAGAGAGUUAAAUUCUUAGUUAAUUCUUUCGGAAUACAAACUUAAUUUUUUUUGGAGGGGUACUUGCGUGUGAGGAAGUGCAAGGGCAAUGUUUCGUAAAUCGCGUCAGCUGCUCUUCCGGAUCUGCAGCCGGUCGUCCUUGAGCCGCCAGUAUGCUCCCAAGGUCGUCAGGCGAUCCUACGCCUCGCAGGCCAUCAACCAGAUGCUGUUGCUCCAGCAGAUGGACAUCUGCGCGGACCAGCCCUCUCGGGCUUUGGUCAUAGGAGUCUAUGCGGACGAGGAGGACAAGAACGACGCCGGCAUCCUGACGCCCGCCGGCUGGCGCUACAAUCUCCAAAAGACCAAUGGCCGGCUAAUCGAGGUGCUCCGCAUGUCGGGACCCAUGCCCAGGAGGGGCGAGGCCCGUCUGCUGUUCGCCGUGGAGCCGGAACGUAUUCCCUACUACUCGGUGGUGGCCGUCGUGGGCCUGGGCAAGGAGUGUCUGGGCUACAAUCCCUACGAGGUCCUGGACGAACAGAAGGAGGCCAUCCGCCGAUCGGUGGCCGCUGCCUGCAGGAUUCUCGCCGAACUGGACACCGACCGAAUCGAGGUGGAGAACUGUGGCCACGCCGAGUCUGCUGCCGAGGGAGCUGCCCUUGGUAUCUGGCUGUACCAGGAGCUGCGCGAUCCUAAGACCCGAAUCUUCGUCCCGGCCAUCGAUUUGUACGCCACCAAGGACGAGGUUUGCGACAUCGAAGGAUGGCGCAUUGGGCUUCAAAAGGCUGCCGCGCAGAACCUGACCCGCCAGCUGCAGGAGAUGCCCUCCAACCUUUUGACCCCCACUGCCUUUGCCCAGAAUGUCGUCGAGGUGCUCUGUAAAUCCGGUGUGAACGUGGAGGUCAAGGUCGAGGGCUGGGCGGAGAGCCAGUCGAUGCACGCCUUCCUGGCGGUCGGAAAGGCCUCCUGCGAGCCUCCCAUCUUCCUGGAACUGAGCUACUACGGCACCUGUGCCGAGGAGCGACCCAUCGUCCUGGUUGGCCAGGGCAUCACCUACGAUGCCGGCGGUCUGUGCCUGAAGAAAAAGCACGAGCUCUUCCACAUGCGCGGCGACAUGACCGGAGCGGCUGUGGUGGUGGCCACUUGUCGGGCUGUGGCCGGACUAAGAUUGCCAGUCAACAUCCGCGGACUGAUCCCCCUCUGCGAGAACGUAGUUGGCUGCAACUCCUUCCGUCCGGGUGACAUGGUGAAGUCCAUGAACGGCAAGACCAUCGAAGUCCAGUGUACAGAUCACGAGGAUGUCCUCGUGCUGGCCGAUGCCUUGCUGUAUGCCCAGAACUUCUGCCCCAAGUGCAUCAUCGACAUCGGCACCUGCUCCGGUUACAUGCGUCAAUCCCUGGAUGAGGCGGCCUGUGGAGUGUUUACCAACUCAGAGAUCCUGUGGCAGCAGAUCAAGCACGCCAGUAUGCACACUGGGGAUCGCGUGUGGCGCUUCCCCCUGUGGCACUACUAUACCAAGGCGGUGCGUGCCGGAGGACGCAGUGAUGUCCAGAACUACGGCAUUGGCCGUGGAGGUCGUCCUUGCAAGGCCGCCGCUUUCCUGCGAGAAUUCGUGCCCUGCGGCCAGUGGAUGCACAUCGACGCCACCAAUGUGAUGGUCACCAACGGAAUCGACUUCGAGUACCUGCGUCGUGGAAUGGCCGGCCGACCCACGCGCACCCUUAUCGAGUUCAUCGCCCAGACAAUCUGCAAGGACACCGCUCCCAAGAUGGGCAAAUAGGCAGAGAGUUUAGGGGAAGAGCAGCUGACCGAAGAUGGCCAAAUCCCAAAGGCAGUAGCAGCGUUUACACCACGUCCACAUUUUGGUGAAAUAUUUUGAAGUCUGUUCAGGGUGGAUGUCUUAAGUCAGUAUGUGCAAGUCCCUUCACAGUUGCAAACGAGAUUGUUCCCAGGCCAAAAAAAUUGUUUGUUCGUUUUAAGUUAUCUACGAGUAUUAAAUAAAUUAUCUUUCGAAUUGAA